CUGUCUGGGCAUUUUGACCUUCCUGGUCGAGCUGGUGUUCUAGAACAAGUCACACACACUGGCCACGAUUGCUGCAGCUACUGCACUGAGCAUGGAGAAGUUAUCAAGACUGGUCCAAGGGGCCAUGUUAUGACCUUUCCAUUCCGCAACUCUGUAUCUGGGCAUGCUAAAUUACGAACUACUGAAGAAGUGGAGAGUAACUCGUAUGAUGCCCUUUGAGAGAAAUAAAACUGUAAGUAACUUGCUACUAACAGGUAGUAACAAACAUUAUUUUGUAAGUGGCAAGAGACUGAUUUCUUAAGAGGUUUAACUGAGAAAUGUUCACGCCAGUUUGAAGUUGUAAUCACUGAUAGGAUACCUUUUGUUUGAGAGAAUGGUUCCCAAUUUGGUGAUAUUAUUCAGUGGCUGUUUUUGUUACAAAAUGGUUUUUAAGAAAUUACUCGAGAUGCUUAAUCCUCAUGUUAGACAUUUAAUUUUUAGGUCUGUGGUUUCAAGGCACCAAGCCCUUUGCUUCAGCUGCCAAGUUUUGACAUUGUCAGUGGUGUUGGUAUAGAUGCUAUGCAUUGUGUUUAUCUAGGAGUGGUUAAGCAGCUUGUUGGUCUAUGGUUCAAUCCAAAACACAGUGGUCAGAGAUGGUAUUGUGGAAACAGUGUUGAGAAAGUGGACAAACGCCUUCUGGAAAUUAAACCACCGAGUGUGAUCACCAGAAUUCCUAGAAGUAUACAACACCAUCUGAAAUUUUGGAAAGGUAUUAAAAUUGAAAUAAGUCAGUCAUUCUUAGAGAUUUUCAUUUUCAAUUCAUAUUUUCAAUCUUUGUGCUAAGAACUCCAUUCAAACUCCCAAGUCUCUUAUUUUUGGAUGGGCAUACAGUUGUAUGGAUCAUGACAACCAUUCAUGAAAGUACAGAAAAAGUUUAGAUUUUAUACUUCCAUUCAUAAAGGAAUAAAUAAAAUACCAGAUUCUAUAUUAUUGCAGCAACAGAGUACCGCAACUGGCUAUUGUACUACUCUCUCCCAUGCAUGAAGGGUAUACUUGAUGAGAAGUAUCACCAGCAUUAUGCCCUGUUGGUUGGUGGCAUCAUCUUCUUGUCAGGAAGAUCCAUAUCACCUGAACAGUUAGAAAUGGCUGGGAAGCUCUUGAUGCACUUUGUUGAGAUGCAUGAUGCAUAUUAUGGUGUGUAUGAAGACAUCUUUUGUGAAUGCCUUUUUUUAAACAGUGACUAACAAACCUCAAGACCAUUACAGCAAGUGCUUAUGCAUUAUUCAUAUAUGUCUACCCAUCCCUCACUGGACUAAGUUGCUGGGUUGUUUGUUUUAUACACUGUCAUUUUUUAAAACUUGCAUCUUAUCUAUUUAGGGCCAAGAUAUGUGCUAAUGAAUCAUCACAUGCUUCUUCACUUAAAAAAGUCUGUGUAUGACCAUGGUCCCCUUUGGAGCAGUUCCCUUUUUGUAUUUGAAGACUGGAAUGGUGACAUUGGCAAUUACUUUCAUGGAACACAGAAUAUUGCAAACCAAGUAAGAUUAUUUAUGUAUACAUACACCUUAUUUGAUGGUUUAGCAUAUAAUAUGGUCAUCUCUGCAGUGUGACAUUUGCCAUAAACUUGAAGUUUAACACGUCUCUAUGAUGGAUACACAAGAUUUUAUUGUUGUUAUGUCAAAUACCUCACCACAAGUUUUAGUCUAAUUAGUGAUUCGUUUUAAAGUUUCGUCUCACCCUGGUUAGUUGUUUUUACUUGAAGAUAAUGACUGCAGUUACCAGCCACCAACGUCUUCCCCAGUGGAUAGAUGAGAUGCCCUCAGGAAGUGCCAAAGAUUUGGUUUUCCAACUAUGUGGACAAACUAACAGGUUAGUCUUCACGCAGUAGUUUUAAGAAAGUGCAAGUAUUGUUUGAUACUGUAAUAGAAAUUUAAAUUUCUAUUUAGAUUUCAUUAUUAACUAGUUUAUUACACCUCAUACCUUCAAAUUUAAUAAUAGCUAGGUUGCCUAUCUAAGUAGCCACAUAGACCUUUGUACAGAUUGGAUUCUAAACUAAUGCUUAUACAUAUAAGAAAAAAAACAAGAUUUUUAGUGUGAGUGAGUGAGAGUUGACCUUUGAUUUAAAGCCUGUGUUUCUUUGCAUCUGAUACAAUAAAUCAUUUCUUUGCUUUACUCACUGUGGUUUGUAACUAUUUUCCUUUUAGGACAAACAGAACACACCUAAAGGACGAUUUCUAUGCAGUUGGUGCACUCAAGAAAGGCCUACUUACUGAUGCAGAUUUUGAUGAGGACCUCCUCACAUUUCUGGGCAUAGAGUCACUUUCUGAAGUAACCUUUUUCUCAAGGCUCCAAAUUGGAGGAGCAACAUUCCACUCCAGAAUGUACAAACGAGUGGUCAGAAGGAACAACUAUACCAUAGCCUACCGGCAAGGGGAAAGCUGCAACUGUUAUGGCCAAAUUGAAGUGUUCUUUGUGGUCAGGGAUGAUCCGAGAAUGACCUGUGGAGCUGUAGUGUCUCCACUGACUGUGUCCAGUCAACACGUUUGUAAUAUCCAUGAAGUAUUGGGGAACCCGGUGACCCACAUUGUCUGUCUUCAGAAGCCAAACAAGAAGAGAUUCACUGUUGUCACUCUUGGAGACAUUAUUGACAUAUGCGUCUACAUGGAGUUUUCAGACUGUAAUUUGGGAUAUGCAGCUCUUUUUCCAAACCACAUUGAAAGAGACUGA